AUGCCGCCCCAGAAGGCGUUUGGCGCGCAAAACAUACGGAAUUGUACGCUGAUCGGCCAUGUAGACCAUGGCAAGUCGUCGUACGCCGAUUCGCUGCUCGCAGCAAACGGCAUCAUUUCGUCGCGCUCCGCGGGCCAGGUACGCUACUUGGACUCGCGCGAAGACGAGCAGGAGCGUGGCAUUACGAUGGAGUCGAGCGCCGUCUCACUCACAUUCAAGCUGCGCAUGCUGCAGUCAGACGGAGAGGUGUCCGAAGUGCAAGACUAUACCCUGAACCUGGUCGACACGCCGGGGCACGUCGACUUUUCGAGCGAGGUCUCGACGGCCGCCCGCCUGUGCGACGGCGCGCUGGUCAUUGUCGAUGUGAUCGAGGGCGUCUGCUCGCAGACCGUCGCUGUGCUGCGCCAGGCAUGGCUCGAUGGCCUGCGCACGAUCCUCGUGGUGAACAAAAUGGACCGCCUGAUCACCGAGCUGAAACUCACGCCUGAAGAGGCACACCACCGCCUCCUCCAGCUCGUCGAGCAGGCGAACGCGGUGCUCGGUGGAUUCUUUGCGGCCGAAAAGAUGGAGCAGGACCAGCGCUGGCACGAUGAGCGCGAGCGCAUCCUCGAGGAAAAGCGCGCCAAGGGCGAAGAAGAGGCGGGAGACCUGCCGGACUACGAAGAGGGAGGGGACGAGGACCUGUACUUUGACCCGUCCAAGGGAAAUGUGAUCUUUGCGAGCGCCAUGGACCACUGGGCCUUUCGUCUGGAAAAGUUCUCGCACCUCUACGCGCAAAAGCUCGGCAUCAAGGAAAAGAACAUCCGCCAGUUUCUGUGGGGUAACUACUACCUGGACCCCAAGACGAAGCGCGUCCUGACGCAGAAGCAGCACGACAAGGAAAACCGCAACUUGAAGCCCAUGUUUGUGCAGUUUGUCUUGGAUAAUGUAUGGAGCGUGUACGAAAACACGGUCGAAGCACGCAACAUGGACAAGGUCGAAAAGAUCAUCUCGGCACUGGGGCUUACCGUACACCCGCGCGACCUGAAGGCUAAGGACGCGUCGGCGCUGAUGCUUGCCAUCAUGAGCCAGUGGCUGCCGCUGUCGGCGACGACCUUUUCGGCGAUCGUGCACAACCUCCCGGCGCCGGGCGACGCACAGCGCCUGCGCGUGCCCCGUAUGAUCCGCAGCGAUCUCGGCUACUUUGCCACGGACGAGGAACUCGCACCGCACACUGACCUCGAGCGCGACCUCUUCUCGGCGCGAUCGAGCCCGGAAGCAACGGUCGUGGCGUACAUUAGUAAGAUGUUUGCCGUGAGCUCAGAAGACCUGCCGGAGAACAAGCGCGUCCAGCUCACCGCGGACGAGAUGCGCGAGCGCGGCCGCGAGCUGCGCGAGCGCGCCGCAGAGGUCGAGUCGACGCUGAACGCGACCGGCGCGGCGCUCGCGCAGAGCGAAGCGGAAAAGGAGCCGGCCGCAGAGCCCGAAAAGGCGCCGCCGUCGGAAGUCGUGCUGGCUUUUGCGCGCUUGUACAGCGGCUGCCUGCAGGCGGGCGACACGGUGUGGGCCGUGCUGCCCAAGUACGACGUGCACCUGCCGCCAACGCACCCUUCGAACGUGCCCCACCUGAAGCAGGUCAAGAUCGCAGCGCUGUACAUGAUGAUGGGCCGCGACCUGCUGGCCGUGCAACGUGUGCCGGCCGGAAACCUCUUUGCGGUCCGUGGCCUGGACGGCACGGUGCUGCGCAACGGCACGCUGAUUCGCGUGCCGAACGCGGCCGACGACACGCCCCCGAGCGAGGUAGUGAAUCUGGCCGGCGUGCGGCGCACCGCGACGCCGAUCGUGCGAGUCGCGCUCGAGCCCAAAAAUCCCGCCGAGAUGCCCAAGCUGGUCGAGGGUCUGCGUCUGCUGAACCAGGCCGAUCCGUGCGUCGAGGUGAUGGUCGAAGAGAAUGGCGAGCAUGUCAUCCUCACCGCCGGCGAACUCCACCUGGAGCGCUGCAUGAAGGAUCUCCGCGACCGGUUUGCGCGCUGCAAGAUCCAGCAGUCCCCCCCGCUGGUUCCUUUCCGCGAGACGGCGGUAAAGGGCAGCGCCAUGGCGCCUCCCAAGACGCCUGGCGCGGCGCGCGGCACAAUCAGUGGCUCUGCAUUGAACGGUGCGCUGACGUACACGGUGCGUGCGAUGCCGCUCCCCCACAACAUUGCUGAGUUCCUCGCGGUGAACCAGCCGACGAUCCGCCGCCUGCGCCGCGGCGGCCGCCGCCACGAUGACGACGGCGGCGGCGACGAAGGCGACGAGCACGUCGGCGCGCGCCACGGCGAGAAUGCGGAGCGUGCGAAGCGCGUGCCUGUGCGCCUCUUUUGGAGCGAGCUUACCAAGCUCCUCGAGCGUGCCGGCCCCACCUGGAGCGGUGUGGCGGAGCACAUCUGCGCAUUUGGCCCCCGCAACACUGGCGCGAAUCUGCUGAUCGACCAAGGCGGCAGCGUGCUGCGCCGCUCGCUCAAGAGCCGCUUUGCCGAGGACGACGUGUCGCAGCAGCUGGCGCAGGCGUCGCUGGACGAUGCGCUGCCGCGUGAGAUGUGCGAUGCGGUGGAGAAUGGGUUCCAGCUCGCGACCGGCAGCGGCCCCCUGUGUGCGGAGCCGAUGCAAGGCAUGGCCUUCUUUGUGGAGCACGUCGGAAUCGAGGAGAGCGAAAGCGUGAAAGUGCGUUCGUCGCAGGUCACCUCGGCGGUGAUUUCGAGCAUGCGCGAGGCGUGUCGUGCGGGUCUGCUGGACUGGUCGCCGCGCCUCAUGCUUGCUAUGUAUUCGUGUGAUAUCCAAGCAGCACCCGAGGUACAAGGCAAGGUGCACGCGGUCCUUUCGCGCCGCCGCGGCAAGAUUGUGUCGGAGGAGAUGAACGAGGGCACGCUCUUUUUCACCAUCGGCUCGCUCCUCCCCGUCGUCGAGUCGUUCGGCUUCUCAGACGAAAUCCGCAAGCGCACGUCGGGCGCCGCGAGUCCGCAGCUGCUGUUUGCCGGCUUCCAGCUCUACGAUCUGGACCCCUUCUGGGUGCCGACUACGGAAGAGGAGCUCGAAGACCUCGGCGAAAAGGGCGACCGCGAAAACGUCGCCAAGCGCUACAUGGACACGGUGCGCAAGCGCAAGGGUCUCUUUACCAAUCGCCGCAUUGUCGCCGCCGCCGAGAAGCAGCGCACGCUCAAGUCGAACUAG